AUGCUGACUAGGAUCUACAAUAUCAAAAAAUCAAGUGGUGGUGAGUGUUUCCUUAUGAAAUCGUAAAUUGUGGGCGUUUACAGAUUCAAAAGUAAAGCCACACUUCUUGAGUGAUAAAAAGAUGGAAGGAGCUAUAAAACAUAUCGUCAGAAAGUUUCCGGUUGUGGAUUGCAGGUCGAACUCCGUAAGUUUCAAUUUCACAAUCUCAACUGAGAAACAUUUUUCAGUCAACGUUCGAGCAUGUCCAAGGGCUUCAGGGCGAAAUAAUAAAGUCUCUUUCGCUCUAUUAUUAUACUUUCGCAGAUCUUCUUGAACUGAAAGACAGUAUCAUAGGACUUUUGACCGCAAUGGACGCAUGCCAGUGCCAGUUGGAUAUCGUGAGUCUUUCACUUUCUGGAACUUUUUUUUUGAUAGUUCUUUCAGACGUUGAACUACGAUUUAACAACAGGAUAUUUGAAUCUAGUCGUCCAUCUCAUCACAAUGAUGAUUCUUCUGUCGAGAAUUGAAGAUCGGAAAGCUGUUCUCGGCCUGUUCAAUGCGGCUUAUGACCUUCAGCACGGCCAGAGUGAAUCCUCAUUUCCGAGGCUUGGACAAAUGAUUCUCGAUUACGAAAAUCCGCUAAAGAAGUUACACGAAGACUUAUCGCCUUUGAACAGACUCAUAUUCUCCGCUCUCUGCUCUGUGAACUCUGUUUAUCAGCGAAGAAACAAGACUGCCGAUAUGUGGAGGGCGUCGAACAUGUUCUCGUUGACUGCCGCUCCUGCACAGCUCCUCUAUGCUGCCCAAACAGACACAGUUUGUGACAAGUGAUAGAGCUAGGUGGAAACAGACUUUCAUUUCAGAUUGCCUGUGAAUAUCUCUCCCUUGAUGUCAUCGAUCGGUGGAUUGUUUGUGAGUCGUCUUCAGAACUGGAAUCCGAAUAACAUCUAUAAUUCAGUUUGCGGGACCGUGUGUCAUUCGACGCUUCUCAAUGACACAAACAUCUUCCACAUGUGGCAAUUGGCACUUCAGAUGAACAUGUGUCUCCGUCUUUUCCGCGAUGAGACUUUCAUUGUUCAUCAGGAGAUUCAGACCUUUUUCGAGUCGUCAAAGGAGAAAAGCAAGAAAGUUCAUGACGUGAAAGAGUGUUUGAACGUCGCUUCCCUCACUUCGUAAGCCUCCAAAUCUCUGAGUGCCCCAUUAUUUUCUUCAUUUUCAGUGUUGCCGUACAUGCAGACCGUCGUCGUUUCCUCCGAAGUUCGCUUCGAGAUCUUUCUCUUCUUCUUCGCGACCAGCCGGGUUUACUCGGCCCGAAGGUGCUCUACGUGUGGAUGGCUCUCGGAGCAGGAAGAGACGAAGUUCUCUGGCUGCUACGACAUCAGGUUGAAGUGCCGGCAAUCAGUAAAAAGGGGAGCAAACUGGCGGACGAGCUCGUGGAUCGACAGCUUCCUGAACUGCUCUUCUACAUGCUCGAAUUGCGAGAUCUCGUCUACAAACAUUCCGGAGUGAUUAAUCGGUAUUAUAUGCAGGUAAGGAAUCAAUGUUACGUCUUUAGAAAGUUAUUCCGUCUUUCAGUAUGUAACUAGUUACGAUUCAAUUGUGGCGACAGAGAUGGUGAGCCACGCGAACGGGCUUUUGGAAGAGGAAGGAAUGCUUUUGUCGGACUUCGCCAAUUCCAUCGGUAAUCUAAAUUCGGACACGUGCUUCCGAGGUCUCCGGCUCGAUUGGUACCGCUUCCAAGCAUGGACUUCUGUCUCGCGCAGUCACUUCCAACUCUCCAAGAAUCGAGAAUUCGCCGUCAUGAUGAACACGGCCGUCUUUCAUUUGAAAAUGAUCGAUAUGCAAGAAGACAUGCUCCGAGAGACCAGCGACCUUUCCAUCUACUGUUUCUAUCCGAAACUCGCCGAAAAACACUGGCUCAACUGCCUCCAACUCCCUGCUCAAGCUCGUUACGUUCUCAGCUUCGCCCGACUGGCCGGUCAUUUUACGAGUGCACUUCAUGAUAUGUGCCCCGAAGAAAAGACAUUCAUCACGGAAAAGGCUCUGGCUCAGUGCAAUUCAGUUCUCGAGGAGACGUGUAAACAAGUAUCGUUUGUGCUCGAAAGAGUGGCGGAACACGAGUUCGGACUAGCUUAUCAGAUGACUCCGAGUGCCGUUGCCGUGAGAGUUGUGGCCGAGGUGGUCCAGCAGAAGUGGUCCGGAAAGGCAGCAGCAGCCGCCGCCGCAGCCGCCAAAGACUAUUUCAUUGCGGGAGAAGAGAGUUAUCGAGUCGACCGACAGGCACUCACUAUGCCAGACAAGUUGCAGACCACACUGUGUAUGUUCUUAAAAUAUCCCUUAGAAUACCUUUCUCCGUUUUUUCAGUGGAGUUGUGUGCUGGUCUUGGAGCACAUCGUCAAAUCCUGGUGGCCAAUCACAUUUUCGCUCCGCGCACCUACUUGUCGCAAGCCCUUGAAGCCAAGUUUGUCGACCUGCUGCACGCGAUGAUGUGGGAAGGACAGCCCCAAGCGAGCAAUCCGAAAAGGCCCAGUGACAUGCUUCUGGCUCUUCAGGCUUAUAUGACAGUUCUUCAGAAUCUGGACACUGCCAGUUAGUCCUUGCAGUUCUUUUCCCACUCCUAAAGCCCAUUGUUUGCAGUUUCCGUCGACAUCAGCAAUCUAAUGCAGUCGAUUCUCCUGCAACAAACCCAAUCGACCGAUGCAAAAGGAAAGGACACAAUAACUGCGCUCUACACGAAAUGGUACCUCGAGGUGCUCCUCCGUCGUGCUUCCUCCGGUCACAUGGUGUGGAGUGAGCAUCUUCGGACGAUGCUGGCUGCCGGUCAGGAUCAGCUUUCAUUCCUUCCCGAUCAUUAUUCGGAUCCUCAAGAACUCAGAGCUCUCGUGCAAAUAAUUGGCCCUUACGGAAUCAAACUAAUGUCGGAGAGGCUAAUUUGGCACGUGGCCAGUCAAAUCAGUGAAAUGGGAAAAAUCGUGAGCACGUACAAAGAACCUCUCCAAGUCGCACGAUCCAAUUUCGAUAACACGGAAAGAAUGAAGGAAGUGCUGAAUCUGUUGACUGCGGAACCCAAAGACAAGAAAGCGGCGAACGCGACGUGUCCGGCAGAUGCGAUCCUGCAGCGAACGAUCAUCAUCGGACAGAUCUGUGCUUUCCGAGACGCCCUCCUCGAAGCUCUUCGUCACGUCGUCGAAUCGAAACUACCGUUUCUGCAAACAUCGUUUGAAUCUCUCUACAACAAUUUGGAUGACGUCGGAAAAGUCAGAAUUGGAGAGAUGUCGGCUGCGAUGGGGGUGAAAGGACUCGUCGACAUGUCUCUGGUCAAUGCGAUCCGGGCUCAGAAUCCGAACGUUCAUCCUGGAGAGCACUACAAUAACAGCUGUCUUCUGCUGGUAGCCAUCGCAAUUUGCAUUCCCCGCAUCGGAAUGUCCGAUCUCUCUUCCUACAAGCCAAGCAUUCAAGGUUAGUCCUCAAAAUAAAUCAGCCCCGGCAUGUACCAUUCAAUUUCAGCCAGUUUGAACAACAGUCACUGCGUCCCAGCAGCCGUCAACACAAUCGGAUCUGCUCUCUUCCAUCUCCACGAGCAAAAUGAUAUUCAAGAGAGAAUGAAGGAGUUCUUGGCGGUAAGAUCCUUGCUCCAAAACGAACGAAAUCACCCCUUUUCCAGCUGGCUUCCUCCGGAAUUCUCCGAACAAUUCACGAGCGAGACGGCAGUCGUCAGGUUCCAGACGACAUUCUCCGCGCGCACACAACUCUCUACAUCAUCCUCGAGCAAAUGGUGCGCAAGAAUCGGUGGCUCUCGAUAGACGUGCUCGAGGCAUGCUUCCCCUACAAUCUCGUCCGUACCGCCUAUCAGCAAUGCUACGAAGCAGACGCCCAAUAG